AUGAUAUUUCACAGAGAGGUGGGACUCGAGAGCAGCGGGAGAGCGAGGAAAAAACACGGACUGAAAACGCUCUUAACACAGACAGCUGCACCCAACCCCAGUUACUGUUUGUUGAAGUAUCGAGGGGGGGAAGCGGACAUUAUUGGUGGGGACUGUCCCCUCUAUGCCAAAGUUGGAGACAUGUCCACAGCAGUCCUUCAAAAAGUUACGCUAGUGGUUAAACUUGUGUUUAGCUUGACGGUUCAAGUCAUUCAUCAGUACAACGAUCCCACCAGCAGUUAUAGGGCCUGCCCUCAUUUGCUACGGCAAGCCGUGAGGAUAUGGCAGGAGAACAUUUCCUUAAAAGAUCUUCAGAAUAAAGGAGUUUGCCUGUUAAAGCUUCAGAUAGGAAGUCAGUCCACGGGCCUGUAUGGUCGCACGGUCGUCAUUUUAGAGCCAAGAAAGCAUCUUGGCUUCUCAUCGCUGCCGAGCAACAGUUUUGGACCAGGCGAUAUUGUUGGCCUAUAUGACACUUCUGGCUGCAGUGCGGAAUCACAGAUAUGCACAGGGAUAGUAACAAGGAUCAGCCAAGCUUCUAUUAGUGUGGCCUUCGAUGACCUGAAGGAUGAAGCCAGUUUUGAUGCAGAUGGCCUUUACAAUCUCUUGAAACUGGCCAACGAUGUUACCUAUAAACGGAUGAAACGGGCCUUAAAUACAUUAAAUGGAUACAGAAACGGACCAGCUGCAAGUUUGAUACCUGUUCUCUUCGGUGAUGCCCAACCUUCUGCGCACUCACAGUCAAACGAGUUGGAGUUCUUUAAUUCAGGAUUGGAUGAUUCCCAGAGAGAAGCAGUGUCCUUUGCUCUUUCACAAAGAGAGCUGGCUGUGAUUCAUGGACCGCCAGGCACGGGAAAAACCACUACAGUGGUGGAGAUCAUCCUGCAAGCCGUGAAACAAGGCCAGAAGGUCCUCUGCUGUGCUCCCUCCAAUGUUGCCGUUGAUAAUUUAGUGGAAAGACUUGCCCGCAGCAAAGCCAAAGUCCUGAGGCUGGGCCAUCCUGCCAGACUGCUGGAAUCCAUCCAGAAACACUCGCUGGAUGCUGUCCUCGCUUGUAGCGACAACGCAAGCAUCAUCGCUGACAUCCGGAAAGAUAUCGACAAAGCAAUGGUGGGGAUGAAGAAGAAAAGUGAAAAAGGCGAGCGAGGAAACUUUAGACGGGAAAUAGGGGAGCUGAGGAAAGAGCUGAGGAGCAGGGAGACGGCAGCCAUUGCUCAGAUACUGAAGAGUGCUGACGUCGUUUUGUCCACCAACACUGGUGCAUGUGAUGACGGUCCUCUGAAGUUCCUGCCAGCGGAGCAUUUUGAUUGGGUGGUAAUCGAUGAAUGCGCCCAGGCUCUGGAGAGCAGCUGCUGGAUCGCGUUACUCAGAGCACGCAAAGCAAUCCUGGCUGGAGACUACAAGCAGUUACCCCCAACCAUCAAAUCACAAACGGCUGCGGCCAAAGGCCUGUCUCUAAGUCUGAUGGAAAGACUGAUUCAGAUGUACGGAGAGUCAGUGGUCCGUAUGCUAACAGUCCAGUACCGCAUGAACAGUGCUAUCAUGGAUUGGGCCUCCAAGGAGAUGUACCAUGGAAGACUAACUGCGCACAGUUCCGUGGAGGGACAUUUAUUAAAGGAUCUACCAGGUGUCACCUGCAUGGAAGAGACCAGCAUUCCGCUUCUUCUGAUCGACACUGCAGGAUGUGGUCUGAGUGAACUGGAGAUCUCAGACGAGCAGUCCAAAGGCAACCAAGGUGAGGUCGACAUUGUUGGACUGCACAUAAAAAGCUUGACUGAGGCUGGAGUGAAAGCUAAAGACAUCGCUGUUAUUGCUCCAUAUAAUCUACAGGUUGAUCUUCUGCGUCAGAAACUUUCUGCACGGCACCCAGAACUGGAAAUAAAAUCUGUUGACGGAUUUCAAGGCAGAGAAAAAGAAGCUGUAGUGCUGUCAUUAGUUCGCUCCAACAGAAAAGGUGAGGUGGGUUUCCUUGCAGAAGACAGACGGAUAAAUGUUGCGGUUACACGUGCAAGACGCCACAUCGCUGUAGUGUGUGACACUCAGACGGUUGGGAAUCACGCUUUCCUUAAAUCUCUGAUCGAUCACAUGACUGAAUUCGGUGAGGUCAGAACUGCAUUCGAAUACCUCCAAGACAUUGUGCCGCAGAACUACACCAGAGACCAUAAAGACACAAAGACUGCUACUGCCUGCAAAUCUAGCAAACAGAAGAACAGAGACCAGGUUUCAGCUAAAGCAAAGGACGGCCAGAAAACGACCAGCAGCGCUAAGAGCAAUACAGCUGGUUCACAGAAUCACGCAAAGCAGAACACAUCAGCACAAAAAGACCAAAAAGAGUCCAAGAUUAGAUACGAUGAGAUCAGAGCACAGGUGGAGAACUUUAUGAAGGAUGCAAAUAUGGAGAAUUUACAGUUUCCAUCAUCUUUCAACUCCCAUGACCGGCUGCUGGUCCACCAGAUCGCUGAGGAGCUGGGCCUGGUUCAUGAGAGCAGAGGACAGGGCAGCGACAGGUGCAUCACGGUCUCCAGGCCGCUGGCAUCCAAGCCUGCCGAGGAGCCAGAGCAGGAGGAAACCCAGGAGGAAGAAACCGCUCCCACUCUGCAGAGCGAGCAAACACCCCAACCUUCAUUAGAUCUCAAAGCUUUACAUCUAGAGAGGAUGAGGAGAGAGCAGCAGAAAAGAGAAGAAAACCUCCAGAAAAAAAAGCAAGAGAACAGCACUAAUGGAAAAAAGAAGUCUAAAGGAAAGAGCAAAACGAAGGCAGGUGUGUGUGAGAUCGCUGCUGCCGCAGCUCCAGAUGAUGACUUUGAUGCUCUUAUCAGCGCGGUCGUGAAGGCGGACAGCGUUUGCAGCUUUGUAAAGUGUAAAGCAUCUGUAUUAACGCUCGGCCAGCUUUGCCUGUUCUGCAACAGGCAGUUCUGUCUCAGUCAUCACAUACCAGAGGUUCACGGCUGUGGAGAUAAGGCAAAGUCUCAUGCUCGGAUGAGAAUAAGCAAAGAGGGGGUUCUUUACGCUGGCAGCGGGAAGAAAGACAAAUCUUUGGACCCCAACAAGAAAGCCUAUCUGCAAAGAAAACUGGACUCUAAGCUAAAAGACAUGGCAUCACAAAGGAAACCAAAAAACAAGGAGAAUGACACUUAAUCUGA